AAAGAUUGACACAUAUGGCUAGCUGCUCUAGCUCCUCUUAUUUUUUAAUUUAAAGUUUUAACCUCAGCCUCAACGUCUCAAGUCUCAACUCAACCUGUACCUGUGUGUUUGGGUGAUGAUUAUUAUUAUGUCUUGUACUACUACAAUGGAGGUGGAGAAGGAAGGCAUACGGAUACAGCAGCAAUGGAUGAGAGAGCAGCAGCAGCAGCCGCGAGGCAAGAUUUUCAAGGGCUCGUGGGGCCCGCUGCAGCGGCGCAUUCGCCAUGGAGAACUGGAGAUGGAGGAACAUCUUCAUUCCUCAAGGAAAGGAAAGGAAAGAACAUUGAAGUGAAAAUUAAUAGAGAUGGAUUCGAUUGGAUUGUAUUGGAGUUCAAACACAUAUUGUGCCUCCUAGGGCUAGGGCUAGGAGAGCACUUUCAAUACCAGUUCCAUGCAUCCGAAGUCGCAGCUAUUUUUGCUGAGGAAGAUUCCUUGGAAUUUGUUAUUAGUAUGUCUGAAUCAGCUGCCCAUAAAGAGGUCUCCUCUUCAGUUUCAGGUGACAAACCUUAUGAAGAUUUACAAAGAUUUCAAGAUUUAGCAUUAGAAGUUUGUGUGAAGAUAACUUCAGAGGAAAAUUUAUCUGCUUAUCAAAAAUUGAUAGCAACGGUUGACAAGGAAUUAAGGGAUCCAGGAGAAGCCGCAUCAAGUUCUAGUGGAUGAAAACUUUGCAUCUCCAGCACCAGUUCAAACAGUUGCCGAUCUCAUUUUGUCUAAGAUAGCUAAAGUACAUCGUGUCUCUCAGGAUAUCAAGUCUCUUAGAUCAAUGCCCAAGUUGCCUACUAAUUCCUCUGUUUGUGCUUGUGGUGAUGCUGACUGUAU